CGCAAAACAUAAUAAAGGCAAUGUCCGUAACCCUUUUAUUGCCGUGGGCCGAGCCAAACCACAGACACCUGUGACCUACGUGCCUAACUACCUACCUUACCUAUCCGCACCGAAACCUCACAGCUGUCUGUCUGUCGUCGGCACGGUGGUUCGGGUCGAGUCAACAAGUACCUUUCCUUCUCCAAUUUAGCAUAGAACGAACACACGGGCUUCGAGUCAACUCAUCGUCCCUUCUCUCCCGCAGCCGCAGGACCCGUUCGAAGACACGAUUCUACCUUACUCUCGCAUCCCUCUCCCUCUCCAUCUUAGCGUCCACCAUCCGCUCGCCCGCUCGUUCGUUCGACCGCACGCGCGCUUCUUCUUCUUCUACCACUAGGUACUACUACGGUCCUUGGAUUUCGAUCAAUCUCGUCAGAACCUGCGAAAGCUCACCUACAACACUCAGUCUCGACGUCGCAAACCCACCGUCUUUCCCUCGCUCCCUCUUUAUCUUUGUAUAUCUAUCCUCCUGCUUGAUAUACAACCCAUCCUCCCAACUUGUCUUGCCCGUUCAGCCCUCUCCCUAGGAACUGGAAUGCAAGCACCAUCCUAAUCAGAGACACGACGCUCGCCUCACUCCACCCGCUCAUAAUGCCAUAAUUGCCAUGAACACCCAAUAUUACUCGUCACUAUCCUCAUCAGCAUUGCCAUCCCCCGCCAGCUUGGGAUCCUCCAUGGUCUUCACCACCACAGUCGCCGUCGCGCAACCAUGGGAGUAGUCGUUGCGCUCUGGCAAGUGGCCGUAGAUGUGACGCAAUUCUGGCAACGGGUGCGUAUGGUCUUAUAGUUCUCCCCAGGGUAGCCGUUGCAUUUGCUCUGCUCGUUUGACAAGAGCUUGUCCGCAACGGAUACCUUUAGCUUGAUUAACAUGUGCUGCGGCUGACCUCGAAUGCGCCCAUCAACAGAAACUCCGCGAUUGGUACACACGCAAGACCCCCGUCGAACUAUGGCUCGAACUACUUCGCCAUGCCGAAGCCUUCGAAGACUGGGAAGAGGCGGCCCUGCAUCUAGAUAACCUGCUUGGAUUGGACUUGUGGUGAGAAAACCUCUCGUCCAAAUCGUGUUAGUGUCUCACAAGCACAUGCUAAAAGGCUUCGUCAACAGGAGGAAUAACCCAACGUCCAAGUACUACGAUUACCGCCUAAUCAACGAGCGCCUCAACUCCCUCAUCACUGCGAGAGAAGAUGGGAACCUGAACCAGCUGGUCAAUCUUCUUCGUUCCGGCCUGAUUCGCAACUUGGGCAACAUCACUGCCCCGACGCUUUACAACCGGUCCUUCGCCGGCACCAAGUAUCUAAUAGAGGAAUACAUAACGCAGAUUGCUGAAGCGGUCGAGGACAUCACCCACUUGCCAACGACGCCUGGGUCUGACCCUCAUGGAGCACCUGUCGGACUGACAAACCAGAUGAAGCUGGAUUUUAUCCAUGAUACAAGGCAGGCUUUCGGUAGGAGUACGCUGGUCCUGCAAGGCGGUGCCAUAUUCGGAGUGUGUCAUCUUGGUGUCGUGAAGGCGUUAUUUCUUCGAGGUCUCCUGCCGCGAAUCAUCACUGGAACCGCAACGGGCGCCCUCAUUGCCGCAUUGGUGGCCAUUCACACCGAAGAGGAGCUCCCCAACGUCCUCAAGGGAGAGGGUAUCGACCUGUCUGCUUUUUCUGGGAAAUCCAAGUCGGAAAAGGGCCCGCAAAAGGAGCAGUCCUACGCAACGAGAUGGAAUACUCUUUUGCGAAGGCUAAAGAGGUUCACUCGGGAAGGCUACUUCCUCGACGUCAAAGUACUAGAGGACUGUGUGCGAGCCAACGUGGGAGACCUGACUUUUGAGGAAGCGUACAAUCGGAGCAAGAGAGUGUUGAAUAUCACCGUUGCAACCGCCGAUCAAGGCGGUGUUCCCACGCUCCUCAACUACCUAACAGCACCGAACGUGCUUAUCUGGACUGCUGCGGUAGCCUCAAACGCUUCCACUGCAACAUUGUAUGGUCACCGGGAAACCACAGUCCUUUGCAAAGAUGCUCAUGGCAACAUUGUACCAUGGGCACCCGCAAACACAAUCGACUUCCACCACUGGACUCACGUAUCUUAUUCGGACCGCGAGUCGCCCCUUUUGAGAAUCGCUGAGCUGUUCAACGUAAAUCACUUCAUCGUCAGCCAGGCUCGGCCUUACCUUAUUCCCUUCUUACAGAGCGAUAUGCAUGGCCCAUCCCUCAUGGAGACGCGUAAUAGCACGACGUCAAUUACUGCAUUCCUAGCUCGUAUGGUUGGGCUAGAGCUCAGGCACCGGCUGCGCCAGCUGGACACGUUACGUCUCCUUCCAGCGGGCAUCCGGCGCUUCCUCGUCGACGAACAAGUGCCAGGCGCGUCCAUGACGUUAGUCCCAGAAGUGACCGCUGGCGACUUUGUGCGCCUGCUCGAGACGCCGACUAGGGAAACACUGGACUACUGGAUAUCGAGAGGGGAGCGGAGCGUGUGGCCCGCCGUUGCGGCGCUUCGUAUCCGUUGCGCGGUUGAGAACGAGCUAGAUAGGUCCUAUCAAACCGUCCGGAGGUUGAAGGCAGGCGGGCUCAGGAGGAAGGGCUCAACGGCGGCGGCGGCAUCGAUGGACAAUAAUAGCAAGGAACGGAGAGCCAGCAGUCUCGGGGCCGCAUAUUGACGGCGUCGUUCGCAGGCAGGCUGUGGAUCGCGGCUGGUCACAGGAAAUGACAAGGGGGCUACAGCUAAGAUUUGAAUAAUCCGAUAUGAUCCUGGAGCAUGCAACGCCCACGUUGAAACGAAAUGCACGCAAGCUUACCCUCUCUGCGCAAGGCGUAUUGCAGUUGGGGGCGGGCUUAUGUACAGAUACAAGCAUGUUCUGGUUGGCCGAGGUGGGGCGGACGUGCAAGCUUCGACAAACGAUACGGUGUCGUCGAGGGCAUGCGAGAUACGCAUCGGUAGUGAUCGAGGAGAAGAUGUUCUCGAAGCUUGCCGCUUUGGGUCGUCGGUCAGACGUUGGAGGUGGGCUCCGCAAGGUGUAGGAGAUGCAGGAGGUUCAGCUCGGCCGGGAUGAGGGGAGGAGCGAUAGGUGUUCAUAGCUUUGUAUGACGAAGAGACGCGUCCAGUGACGAGUCUGAUGACCCAAAUUCACGAGAGCCUUUUUUUUUUUUUUCUUGUUGCUAUUACCAUACCCUAACUACAUGAUGCCAAAUCUGGAGACCGACGGGUGUGCACCUGAUGAACCUACGUGAAAAAGCAACGAGCAUGAGCAAGGAGCGGGACCGUGAACGCCUUGCCGCGCGCCCUCGCCAUGCAGGUGUUUGCAUGCUCGUUUAUCCCUCAUCAGAGUCGCAGUUGUCCCCCUUUCGACGCUUGUGAGCCUUGUCAAUGGUCCGGAUGGCUAGGCGGAGGUUCCCCGUGCAAGUCGUCAUGCAUGCCACGGCCACACACCAAAGGGCCAGCAAGCAGAUACAGGUACGAGAGCGUGAGCGAUUGGGAUAAGGGCCUGGCAGCAUGGCCAGUGAAGGAGGAAGUAAGUGACAGCCUGCUGCAUGUCUUGGGCGGGCCCCGGCCGGCAAGGGUCCGGCGCAGGAGAGAUCGCACGCUAGAAGUCUUCUCGAAGGCCGUGAACGGGGCACAUGAAAACCAACGCUAGGGUUGGUGGCAGGGCUGGCGGCGAUGGGCUGUGGUAAUGGACUCGGGGAUCCUAACGUUCUUGGCGCUCUUUUCCCUGGGUGAAUCGGCACAACGGCUCUCGAGACAGGCAGCAAGGAUAUGUAAAUAUUUCGCGCAGAGGUCACAGGAACGCAGAUAGUGCGUGGACCUCCUCCUUCUCAAGCAGGGCGUUGGCUCUUCGCAGGGGGCUGGUUGGCGGUAGACGAUUGACGUUCCCCAAUCCUCAUGCCGCCGUGGUUAUCGUUGCAUGCCAAGGAGUUCGGGGAAGUAUUCCGGGCUGUUCGAAAGCAUAUCGAAUUCAAGGGGCCGGGUCAGUCAGACACGUUGCCCCUUCUUCGAAGGCGUCACUUUGAGAGCAACUGGACAAGCCGACAAGGUGGUUGCCCAGACGCCAAAUACAGUGUUGCAACGUGUAGGACUCCUGAGGGAGUCCUGCAUGUGUCCUGCGUUCCAAAGCGCUAAACGGGACAGAGUCCAGGACUCGCGCCCGAGAAUUGUGGCUCGGCGUCUCAAAGCUGCCGUUCGGUGCUGCCCGGCCUCUGCGCCGUCAUGUGAGAAGGGCCACUUCGAAGAUCUUUCCUGUCGCGGCCGGCGAUGGGCCCCGUGCUUCUUUCGGGGGCUCCUGUUUACUCAAUAAUACUCCCUUGGGCCUUGGGUGCUAUUGUGCAUAUAGCAGACUGAUAUAGCCUGGCUCUUCGUGUGGUUCGUGGUGUGUAAGCUUGCAUGUUCUUCCUGCACCGGUCCUGCUCCCCAUAGGCACGCUGCCGGCAAGACCGACUGCGGGGAACGGGGGAAACAUUCAGCACAAUGGUUGGCUGCCCGGAUACUGCUGAUACAGGCCGGGGGUAACGUCUGGCGCUCGGGUUUAGUGUCGUGACGUCGACGGGCCUUGUCUCUUUACAGGUACAUCCAUCAGAGACAGCUGAAAGGUUGCCGUUGUGUUUGCUGGCAUUGCUGCUGAUGCAAUGCAGGGCCAGUAUGUUGGCAGUAUGCUGAUCGGAGUCCGUCCCCGACGUCGGGCCCUGUGCGGUGACAGACAGACUGCAAGACAUCAGAUGGCAGAGCGCCAAGAAAUCCGAGCCAGGUGCAGAGUUGAGUCACAGCCCAAGUUCCGACGAAGAUAGGUUACUCGGAUGGCCUGAUAAGUCGUCGCGGGAUAUGAGAGGUCCUAAAUCGGCUGGCUGGCCGCCGGCACGCACCCAAGAGCACCUUAGGGUCAGAUUCCGCGCGGAACAAAAGAUGUCACUGUUUCGCUAAACAGAGUUUCGGUGUCGAUCCAAUGAUGCUGCUGGCCCGAGCAUCUGGGGAAUCCCAGGCCGCGAGUAACCGCGCCACACCAACAAGCUCAGGCAAUGCCGUAACGAUCUUGCUCGGUAAUCUUGUACUCGUCGAGAGCGAGUGAUUGGACCGGGGGACUCCUAUCUGGCCUUGAAGCCGGCGGAAGGUAAUGGCGUGCGUGCGUACGUGAUUUGAAGAUUGAAUUGGAUAAUGGUCCAAACGACAGGCUGUAGGGCAACGUCGUGUGCAAUCAUAUUGCAGAUGGCCGGCGGGCUGUGUGACACAGCGGCGGGAGAUUGUCGAAAGGGAACGUAUCGAUUCGCGCGUCCCUUGCACCGAAAAGUUGAUGGUGCCAUGCCCGGGACUGGCUUGUGAGUGACCAAAAGGACAGGAUGCUCUUGAUGUUGUCCGAUUUCCUUCCGUAUGGGAGGUAUGGCUCACCUCUUCGGUGAGAAAGCUUAGCUACAAGACCGUCAUUUUGACGAUCUUUCAAGAGCACAUGGCCACUGCGGCGAGAUGGUGCAAGCCAAUUGACCACUGGUAGCAGACCCAGCGUGGGCAGUGCGCUGCAAAGCAUGAUUAGUUCAAGGUGGGGGAGGCACAUUAUGCUUGUUUCCAGGCAAGCCAGGUUGCUUGCGACAUCACCUCGGGGUUAAUCACCAGCAGCGAGCUGGCGGGGCUUGGCAUUGAUUCCCGUGAAAGACCUGAGAGACGUUGAAGACGUUUGUGUAAAAGGGUAGGUAUCCGUGUCCGUAGGUAUACUUGCACAUCGUGUGGCUUGCUCUAAGCUGGAUUCGAGAACAGGGCGGACGGGUUGGCAACGGUUCGUUGGGUUUCCCGUUUUGCAUAGCUCAGAUGGACCAUUGUGAUUCUGGACCGCGAGAGCAAGAACCUUGUCGAGGUUUGAUGUUGACGGCGGCCAGGGAUGUCAUCUGUCAUGUCUCACGACGAACCCAGUCCCAGCAGCUACGCGGGGUAACUCAGUGGUCGGUCUCGAAAGAAGCUAGAACGCGACGACAAACAUCAACAUGUAUCUGCUCCGAAAACGCGGGCGUCAAAGCGCAAAAACAAGAGCUGGUAUAAGUGUUGAGGUACUCUUCUCGGGCUGCUAGCCCAAUGCAAAAAACGAGGCGAGCAAAGAGCCCACGAACAGGGUAAAGUAGAAGGAGG